UCUAUAGAGAGGCUCUUGGAUAGUUGAGCUUAAGUUUAGAUCUGGGUUCAGGUUCAGUUUAAAACCGCAGGCUUGCGAAAAUUGAUGAGCGUUUAAAAAGAAAGGCGUGCAUUCUGUUUGCUUUGUGUCCAAGUUCGAUUUGCUCAAACAUUUAAUGCGGAUGAUGCAACCUGAAACAUUAAGGCCCUUACUUUGAAGAAAAAAUAAAUAAAUAAGUAAACUUUGAACUGUCUUUGUUCAAAAUAUAAGCACAAACAAGUGACAAAAGUAGCGAAGAGUUGCAUUGUAAAGAAUAAAUCGGCUCUAGGAGUUUCCCAUUGGAGUUGCUGUGUUACUGCAGGUUGGUGAUAUCCGCGAGAUGCGAUAUGUAAACCACAAAAACGCUACUUUUUCUUCUUCUGACCAAAAAGUUGACCACAUGAUUUGGUUCAGAGGACAUUCACGGUCAGUAGCAGGGUUUACUAGCCCAUCUUUUUGCAGAUUCAGCGGAAAGCCAGGAAGAGGAGGUCAAAUUUAAGGUCCGAGCUGUCACUUUGCAGAUAACUCAGCGCUUGCUGAGCCUUUCUGCUCCAAACACGCGUGUGUUUCCUGCCCUGGCACCCUGUGCAGGCACAUCGAUGGCAGCACCAGCAGCGUCUGUGCCACAUUUCUCAUGACCUGCUGCCAGCAACGCGCUGAACUGGGCAGAGGGUUUCUGCCCCUCAGAGUGGCUGCUUGCCUGCUGGGGGGUGGUGGUGUUGCUUCUGCACUGAUCCUACCCAAAAAGGAUUUAGUGACAGCGGCAGAAUUUUAAGCUGGAUAUUCGUCGGGAGCUUACGCCUUUUGUACGUGGGCUGGUCUGGUGGGUUGUGUGAGGCUGUUGUCUGCACGCACACUUACAGCAGCAGCAGUCCCUCGUCUCGGAGGGAUUCCAGAAAGGUUCAGUGAGCGAGGUAAUGGGACAACAUAGCAGCAGUCAAGUAUCAGUACUGAGAGAGGGAAGAAAACAUGAAAUCACACCUCCAUACUCACAGUUUCAAUGUGAGCUAACUGGUGACUUUGGUGUGGGGGGAGAAGACACGCAGGAGUUUAAAUAAAUGGCUCCGGUUGUCUGUAACGUGAGUGUUGUUUGUAUUACAGGAAUACAAGAGCGAAACCAGUGCUGUAAUAACCUGAUAUAGUGCCACCAGCAAUAUGAUAGCAAACUGAGCUGUGCUGUCUGUAUGAAGUAGGAAAUAAAGGAAAGGUUGAAAGUAUUCCACUAGGACUUCAGUGAUUCUGGACCACUGUUACUGCAAUGAUAUUACAGAAGACAGCUGUUACAUUGCAUUUGUUGGAUGAAACCCAAAUAUUUUCUUUCGGUCAAGUGGGUAAAACCCCCUAACUGCAGUUUACAUGUGUAGGUCACUGCGUUACUGUGUUAGUCAUUGUCUCUACGCAGCAAUGACAAGGCUAGAAGAAGCAAACAGAGAAGUGAACAUGCAUUCAUCGGUCAGAUAUCUGGGCUAUCUUGCCAGAAUCAACUUAUUGGUUGCCAUUUGCAUGGGCCUUUAUGUCAGAUGGGAAAAAACUGCAGAUGCACUGAUUUUGGUAAUAUUUAUUCUGGGACUCUUUGUUCUUGGAAUUGCCAGCAUACUCUACUACUAUUUUUCAAUGGAAACAGCAAGUUUGAGUCUCUCCAAUCUUUGGUUUGGUUUUUUGCUUGGCCUUCUCUGUUUUCUUAAUAAUUCUGCCUUCAAGGAUGAUGUGAAAGAAGAAGCGACUAAAUAUCUGCUCCUUUCUGCCAUUGUUUUAAGGGUAUUGUGUGCUUUGGUUGAGAGGAUUUGUGGUUGUAUCCAUCAUCGACCAACUCUGCUGACAACAGUUGAGUUCUUGGAGCUAGUUGGGUUUGCAAUUGCCAGCACAACGAUGCUGGUGAAAGAAUCUAUGAGUAUCAUUCUCUUGGUUAUGGCUUUGGCCGUGUUAAUUAUUGACUUACGUAUGAAGUCUUUUUUGGCAAUUCCAAAUUUGGCAAUUUUUGGAGCCAUUACAUCCUUACUUUUUUUUCCAUCGCUGCACAUUCCCACAAACCCAUUUGCCUUGGCCUGUUUCUUCAGCUGCCUGAUUUCAGAUCCCCUUCUCGACGUUUACUUCAGUGGACUUUCUGUUACUGAACGAUGGAAGCCUUACCUGUACCGUGGUAAGAUUUGCAGAAGGCUUUCUGUCAUCUCAGUUGGAGUCAUUGAACUGAUCUUUUUCAUCCUUGCCGCCUUUAAGCUGCGCGAUUUGGAUCUCUGGUAUUUUGUGAUACCUGGUUUUUCUAUUUUUGGAAUUUUUUGGAUGAUCUGUCACGUGAUUUUUUUUAUAACUCUUUGGGGAUUUCACACAAAACUAAAUGACUGUCACAAGAUAUACUAUACCCACCGUGCAGAAAACAACAGCCUCGACAGAGUUAUGGCAUCCAAAGGAAUGCGUCACUUCUGCUUAAUUUCAGAACAGCUAGUAUUUUUCAGCCUUGUUGCAACUGCUGUUUUGGGGGCCGUUUCUUGGCAGCCAACCAAUGGAAUCUUCAUGAGCGCAUUUCUCAUUGUUUUGCCUCUGGAAUCCAUGGCUCAUGGGCUUUUUCAUGAAUUGGGAAACUGCCUGGGAGGAACGUGUGUUGGGUAUGCUGUUGUGAUUCCCACCAACUUUUGCAGUCCUGAUGGCCAGCCAACUCUUCUUCCACCUGAUCAUGUGCAAGAGUUAAACCUGAGGUCUACAGGCAUGCUUAAUGCCAUCCAAAGAUUUUUUGCGUAUCACAUGAUUGAGACAUACGGCUGUGACUACUCUACAAGUGGGCUGUCCUUUGAUACCCUUCACUCCAAGAUCAAGUCUUUUCUUGAACUUCGGACUGCAGAUGGACCCAGACAUGAUACCUACAUUUUGUAUUACAGUGGUCACUCACAUGGCACUGGUGAAUGGGCACUAGCAGGUGGUGAUGCUUUACGGCUUGACACACUUUUGGAGUGGUGGAGAGAAAAGAACGGCAGUUUCUGUUCCCGACUCAUCAUUGUGCUAGACUGUGAGAACUCUCAGCCUUGGGUUAAAGAAGUAAGGAAAGUAAACGACCAGUACAUUGCAGUGCAAGGAGCAGAACUGGCCAAGGUUGUAGACGUUGAGGAAGCAGACCCUCCACAGCUUGGCGACUUCACCAGGCAAUGGGUUGAGUACAACUGUAACCCUGACAGCAACAUCAGCUGGUCAGAAAAGGGUCGUACAGUGAAAGCCCUGUAUGGCGUGUCAAAACACUGGAGUGACUACACUUUGCAUUUGCCAACGGGAAGCGAUAUUGCCAAACACUGGAUGAUUUAUUUCCCACGUAUUACCUAUCCAUUAGUGCAUUUGGCAAACUGGUUUUGUGGUCUCAAUAUGUUCUGGGUCUGUAAAGCAUGUUUCAGGUGCUUGAAAAGAUUGAAAAUGAGUUGGUUUCUUCCCGCAGUGCUGGACACGGGACAGGGUUUCAAACUCGUCAAAUCCUAAUUAGGAACCAAAGAGGAAACGAAGUGAGAGCUCUGGGAACUUUCUCACUUUAAAGUAUUUGCAACUUUUUGUAUGACUAUUUUCUCUGAAUAAAUCUGCUACACUCACUUUGUUAAGCUCUUUAAACAGCUAAAGUAUAUGCAACAGUUAGAAAACUGCAGUCUUAAACAGAAGAGGCUAGGACUAUAAUAAUUGCGUUUUGUUACUGAACUGUAUGUACAUAUGUAAGAAAUUUAAUAUGACCAUGCAUUUUGGAGGCAGUUUGCGUGUUCAUAUGUGUUACUUUAAGCAGCCUUUUUUCAGAACCACCAGUGUGACAGACAGGAGCUCCUAUGAAUAUGAGAGCAUGCUUACUUGUCAUUUAUAUCCUGUGUAAGGUUCAAAUACGGGAAGGGAAACAAGCUAAUCUUGAAAUCAAUAUUUAUAUUCCUGAAUUUGUUUGGUGGGAUCAAGGCUAUUAUGAAAUAGCACUGAGCCAAAAAUUAAAAGAGAAGAAUGGUCACUGUAGAUAAGUAGCUACCAAGAAUCUUGUUUUAUUUGCUUUUGCAUCUUCAGCUCUUGCAUCAUUCUCUACUGCCAUCAGUGGAAAUUUGCUACAGAAAACAAGGAAAUCAGACAAUCUUGUAACGUUCUGAUGGAGUUAAAAGUGCACUGAGAGGUUUUUUCCUCACUUGUCAGGGUGGUUCUGUCUUUUUCAGGCUCUUACCUGUUUGUAUUUUUGAAAAGCUACUCUGAAGUAAAAAAAAAAAAAAAAACAACAAAAAACAAACAAACAAACAAACAAACAAGGAAUUUAAGUAAGAAACUAGUCUAUAGAUAAAAAAUAAGAAAUACAAAUGCUGCCUUGCUUCCACAUCUGAAGUCUUUGCUGUGCCUAAGACCUCAGUCCUGUAAAAUGUUGAGUCUGGGAUUAGACAAAUGGGUUCACGCCCAAAAGUAUUAAAUCUGUGAGCAAGCAGUUUGUCAGGAAAAUUAUUCCCAUAAGCCAGCACUGUAGUACGCUUUGUGGUGUUGCACAUGUGUGUACAAUCCAAACAUUUGAAAAUCAAGAAAUUAGUCCUUUUUAUUUUGAAAAAGUUUGGAACAUCAACCAUAACACUUCUUGUUAACUACAACGGGUACAUCUUGCUCUCUUUCUUCUGCUGUUACAUCUUUAUGAACAUUGUCUGUAUCUUUCUACAACAAGAGGAACUGAAAAGCGUGGGAUUUCUGCCCUGUGCUGGGAACUGUAAGUAGACUAAAGUGAAAAUCUGCUCUGCAGUGUCGUGACACACAGUUUUGUACAGAACAAACACAACAUUUGGUGCUGAUCUUUUGCCUCAGUUUAUUAAAUGGUUUCCAGCAUAUUUAUUAAACUGUUAGGUUUUUCUGUAGGAUGGACUGUGUGAUCUUUAGCAGUUUGUUAGAAAUUAAACGAAGAGUCAGCUCUUCAAUCUGCAAAAAGAUUAUUUGCAAAACCAAUCAUGUGUUUUUAGAUUUGUUUCAGUUUUCACAAUUAACUCUAGUUUUCUGAAUUUGUAAUAAUAUUAACAUUAACUAAGGUUAUUCCUACUUUUGAUUUUAUUUUUUAAAGCAAAGGCAUGGUGAAAAUACCUUUUUAAUCUGAAAUAUAUGUUUACAGCCAUUGAAAACUGUGAGGCCUUUUUGGACAAAGAGACUGUAUUUUGUCUUUCAAAAUCCAGGGUAUAGGAUGAUGAGCCUCAGGAAUUCAGCAGUAUUAAUUCACCACUUCUAUACUAGUUAAUAUCAAGACAUCCUACCACUGCCCAUGUUCCCAGGCAAGGACCAGGUGAAGGCAGAGCUCUCCUCUGGUGCCUGGUACUCAAGGAAUUCCAUGGGUCUCUGCCUAGCCCCAGCCCAGCCCCAUGUGCACUCUGUGAGAGACAACACACCAGAAGCUCCUCAUGGCAGCGAGGGAUUAUCCCUCUGCUGUGCUAAGUAUUAAAUACGGGGGCAAAGCCUGAAAGAGAAAUUUAGACCUAAUUCCAAAGAAUGUUACAAAUAUUAUCAUUGACAUGCAAGUUAUUUUUAUCUACUGGUGACACGCUCAAGAAUUUAUUAUAUGGAUUUAUAUAUAUGGAUUAAGAAGGGUAGCUUGAGGUCUAAACUUUUUUUUUCCAAGAUGCUUGUUUGUACUGUACAUUCAGAAAUUUUGUUAUAAAGGUUGCUAUAAAUUUAUAUCAAUUUUAUGUUGACUUUUUUUUCAUUUACUUCCCAUACAUUAUCAACCUUGCUGCAAAUGCACAAAGUCCUACAAACUUUAGUCUUUGUUUUUCUCUGAACAAGUAUGGGAAUAAAAGCCAUCUUCUUAAUUUUUGCACUACGAGAGUUAAGUAUUUGCUGUUCAUUAUGCUUUGCAUGCCUUGUGAUUGUUGUUGUCUAGCCUUCAGUUUUUCCUAGAAAUUUCAUCAGUUUUAUUAAGCGUUCCCUUUAUUUUGCAAAGACAUAAUUAAUGUUGUGCUAGCUGUAAGCAUCUAUGGUGCCAGCAGUGGACAAGGUAACUGGUUAAAUUUCUUGUGUAUAAAUACCUUUCUUUGGGAAGAUUUUUAUUGGAGAUACUGUUUUUAAAUCUGUAAAUAGAUUUUUUUGUGUAUUUGUGAUAUUGCUUAAAUAUAUUUUGCUGGUUUGGA